GCCAUAAGAGGGGUAGCGAACGCCCUUCCUCUUCCUAGGCAGGUGUCAGAGCUCCAGGGGACAGAGCGGACGCAGUGCAGGCGCACAACCCUGCAUUCCAGCCACUCCUGGGACUCCCAGUGUCUCGCCUAGGAAGGGCAGCACAGAUAUCUCGGGCCUGGACUCUGCAUGGUGUCAACACAGAGGUCCCAGAGAGUGAAUAACCCAAUACCCUCCGAUUUGAAAUCAGAAGCAAAAAAAGCUGCUAAAAUAUUAAGAGAAUUCACAGAAAUAACUUCCAGAAAUGGACCGGAUAAGAUCAUCCCUGCUCACGUGAUUGCCAAGGCCAAGGGCCUCGCCAUUCUGUCUGUGAUCAAAGCGGGGUUUCUGGUGACUGCCAGAGGCGGCAGCGGGAUUGUCCUGGCCCGGCUCCCGGAUGGAACAUGGUCCGCGCCUUCGGCCAUCGGGAUUGCUGGACUAGGCGGGGGAUUCGAAGUCGGAGUCGAGGUAUCAGAUUUGGUGAUCAUUUUGAAUUAUGACCGAGCAGUAGAAGCUUUCGCAAAAGGCGGUAACCUCACGCUUGGAGGGAAUUUCACUGUGGCUGUUGGGCCCUUGGGAAGGAAUUUAGAAGGGGACGUUGCCCUGAGAAGUCCCGCUGCCGUCUUCACCUACUGCAAAUCCAGAGGACUCUUUGCCGGCGUUUCUCUGGAAGGGAGCUACCUGAUCGAAAGGAAAGAGACCAAUCGAAAGUUUUACGGCCAAGAUGUUCGCGCUUAUGACAUUUUAUUUGGGGAUAUACCGCGGCCAGCUCAGGCAGAAGACCUUUACGAAAUCCUUGACUCCUUCACUGAAAAGUACGAAAGUGAAGAAGGACAAAGCAACGUGAGGCGAGCAGCACAGGAGCAGAAGCCACCUAUGAGAGAACUACCCCCCAAACCACCACGGCCUCAGCAAUUACCUGCAGCUGCCCCGCCAAACUCUGACUCUAAAAGUACCAGAAACGAACAUAAACUCUAUCCUGGACUUUCUGGCUAUCAUGAGCAAACUGGCAGUUCAAGCCCACUGGCAGAAGUGACAGCGCUGUAUUCUUUUGAAGGACAACAACCAGGGGAUUUGAAUUUUCAAGCUGGAGAGAGAAUCACUGUUACAUCGAAAACGGAAUCGCGCUUCGAUUGGUGGGAGGGAAAGCUUCGAGGUCAAACUGGCAUUUUCCCUGCCAACUAUGUAGCCAUGGAUUAGUUUAUAUUAUUUUCUUUUUGAGGAUUACCAAAAAAAAAACCACAAAACACAAAAAACAAAAAAAAACACUGCUACACUGACAGGGCUUACUACCCAACUAAGCAGCUAAGGGAUGUUUAAUAUAAGUUUAAAAUACUUUUCUACAAAUCUUUAAUCUGGUAUGAAAAAGAUUUUGCUUAUAUGUAGAAAGAUAGCUUACAUAUUCUUAAAUACAUUGUACUAAUUGCAGCCACACACUACGUCAUAGUCAGUAUCUUCUAACUCGCGUGGUCAUGGCUCCUCCGUGUUCACUUUUAAACAUCUGUGUAUAUCAGUACUUCAGUCUGAGAGUUCGGGCUAGAGCUGUGACUGUCAGAUCACGCGUUUCUAUUUGGAAAGUGGCUAGAGAAAAAGAAAUCCCUUAGGAGUGUUGAGUAAGUCUUGGAGUUAUGGAAUAAGAAUCCUUUCUGAUUAUCUUCAUACCUUCCGCAUCUGCAUCUGUCUAAUGAGCAAUAGGCUUUGAUUUCUCCCAGCUCUGGAGGCUGGAAAUAUUAAACUUUCACAGCAGAAACGAAUCACUAGGUCAGCGUGACCACUGCACGUUAGCAACUAUGCUUUCAGUCUCUUGUUCAUGGAGCUCGGCCUGCCCGCUUCUAGCAGUAGAAUCCACGUCGGUGGCCUGUUUGCAUUGCUUGCGAAUAAAUGUUUAAAGAAUGCUUGCUAAAG